AUCGCCUCAAGGGCCGUGUUAUUUUUUCAUCGCAAAAAUCAUCCGGCAAAGUGGUUUAUCCUCUAUUUUCUACUGACUAGAGUAGUUUCGCUUCCUUGAACACGAUGGGCGUCCGAGACUCUCAUGGCGAGGCCGCCGGGACACCGGACCCCGUCGAAAAGGGAAUCGCCACUCUUAACACCAUCAGAAUCGGUGUGAAGGCUAUGGUCCACAAGGAUGGAGCGUUAAGAAAAGCAGAGAUUUUAUCCAUAAAGCAGAGGAAAGAUGGGCUUGCUUUCUAUGUUCACUAUGUUGAUUUCAAUAAGCGUCUUGAUGAAUGGGUCGCUUCUUCCAGGCUUGACUUGUCCCAAGAGGUUGAAUGGCCUCAGCCUGAGAAGCCGGAAAAGAAGAAAUCUGGCCCUGCGAAAGCUCCCAGCAAGAACAAGCGCGUUAGAGCUGGUAGCCGUGAUGUCUCUGCCACCCCAGAUACCCUCACAGGUAAGAAUACCAAUGUGGGCAAGGCUCAACGGCCAUCAAAGGCAGGCGGAAAGGAGAAUCGUGGCGACGAAACCCCGGCGGAUCUUUCCAUGUUGGCUUCUGAAGCAGUUUCUGCUGACGGAACCCCCAAAGCGGUCUCCGAGGAUAUAGACAUGAUGGAUGCAAGCUUUACUGAUGCCAAGGAAAUCAAGGAGGAGGAGAGAGCGUUGGGAUUGAUGUCGCGGGAAGAGGAGAUUGAAAAGCUUCGUACCAGUGGCAGUAUGACACAAAACCCGACAGAAGUUCACCGAGUACGGAAUCUAGACCGGCUGCAGAUGGGCAAAUACGAUAUUGAGCCAUGGUACUUUUCUCCAUACCCUGCGUCGUUUUCCGACGCUGAAGUGGUCUACAUCGAUGAAUUUUGUCUGAGCUACUUCGAUAACAAGCGCGCUUUUGAGCGACAUCGCACCAAGUGCACGCUCACGCAUCCUCCUGGGAAUGAGAUCUACCGGGAUGACAAUAUUUCCUUCUUCGAAGUCGAUGGCCGUCGACAGCGAACAUGGUGCCGCAACCUUUGUCUGCUCAGCAAACUCUUUCUUGAUCACAAAACACUCUACUACGAUGUAGACCCCUUCCUUUUCUACUGCAUGUGCACUCGCGACGAAACUGGCUGUCAUCUGGUGGGUUACUUCUCAAAAGAAAAAGAGUCCGGCGAGGGUUAUAAUCUGGCUUGUAUCCUCACACUACCCCAAUACCAACGGCGGGGUUAUGGAAGACUCCUUAUUUCUUUCAGCUACGAACUGAGCAAACGAGAAGGAAAGGUUGGCUCUCCCGAGAAGCCGCUCAGUGACCUUGGAUUGCUCGGUUACAGGCAAUAUUGGCGCGAGACACUCGUCGAAAUCCUCUUGGAUUCUGGACGUGAGACAGUGAGCGAAAACGAACUUGCCAUGUUAACGUCCAUGACCGAGAAAGAUGUUCAUGAAACAUUGGUGACAUUCAAAAUGCUUAGAUACAAUAAAGGACAAUGGAUCAUCGUACUUACGGACGAAGUAAUUGAAGAGCGAAACAAACGUCUAGAGAAAGAAAAGAUUAAGGGCUCCCGCAAGAUCGACCCUGCACGGCUCCAGUGGAAGCCUCCUGUGUUCACUGCGUCCAGUCGAACAUGGAAUUGGUGA